UGGUGUGUGCGCGGCAAGAGGGAUGGAAACUGUUGCUGAGACGUUUAUUUCUUUUCUAUUGUCCAUGCACCAAAAAAUGCCAACAACAACACACAAAGAGCUGUUUGGAUGUUUUUUUGUUGCUGAGACGUUGCUUCUUACUAAUGUUCAUGCAUACAUACAUACAUGCGUUUUUCGCAUACACACCGAUUUGCUUGAUGAGAACAAAAGAGCGUAACAUUUGCGCGUGUCUCAUGUUGGCAUUCUGGUUGUGUUCUUUUUUAUUCUUUUUAUUUGUUUUGUGCCUUCGCGUCGUGUCACAAGUGUUGUAAUAAAUGUUGAUACCAACUGUUUUGUGGGAAGACAAAUUAUUUGUCGAAGCGCCGGAGCCUUUAAAUCUACAAAGCUUUAUAAAAGCAGCCAAAUUAGAGUUAAAAAUUGAUGCCUCAAGAAAAAUAACAGCCUUAGUGUUUGGUGCAACCAUUAAAGAAGACCAGUUUGAAAAAGUAAUUCAUCAAUAUAUGUCAACACCUACUUUUCAUAUUGAGUUGCAAUUUGGAGACUCCGUUCGAUCAGUGGCAUCAGCAUCGACAGUUAGUGGCACUCUAUCGGAGUGUGAAUCCGUAGGUGGUUUUGGGGAUCUUACCCCAAAAACAAAUGUUAUUUCAACUUUAAAGACUGACAUAGAGUCCAUCAAGUCAAUUCCGGCUGUCAACAAAAUAUGGAGAAUUUUUAUUGCCGAAAAACGCCUGCAAAAUAAAGAUAGGGUGAAUAUUUCGAAGGCCCUUAUUGACGAAUGUCUAAAAGAAGACCCUAACAGAUUACUUAAACGUGAAGAUUUUGAAGUUCUGGCCGAAUCGAUUGUCCACAUUUUUUAUACCGAAUUAGCUUCUGCAUACUUCCUCCCCUCGGAGAAAGGCUGUAUUGCUAGAGGAAAGUUGUGGAGUGCGUACAAUAACAAAAGGACAUCUUUACGUUCUGAUGGAAUAAUAAGUCGAAGGCCUCGCAAGGACCUUAAGCGUAAAGCAAAUGUGUCUCUCCCAUCUGAAGCAGAAAGUAUUGAGUACCUUACUGAGAAUACCUCGGAUUUAUCUACAAUUAUUUUAAAGUGGCAGGAAACUCAUGCUUAUCGCCGAAACGAAUUAAAAGGAAAUAUUUCCACAUUUGAAUAUAUCUCAAAGUACCCUGUGCUACAGGGUAACAAUGGAAUCAAGCUAACCACUUUGGACGUGAAAUUAUUGUAUUCAGCAACAGAACCUGUUGAAAAUUGGUUGAUGAUAUAUUCAAAUGUUUUGAAUCACGCACGUACUCUUCGGGACAAAGCAGUCUGCAACUUACUUACGAAAAUCGAUACAUCCACUGAAGAACGAUUGAGAGCACAAUUGACCCUUCUUUUAAUACCAUACAUCUUACCACACAGUGGAAAAAGACACGAAACGCAUGAAAAGAAAGGUAGAGCCACUAAAUUUGAAAUUCAGGAGCGUUUUAUUAAGGAAUAUGAGUCAAUUGUGCAAUUGAAAGAGGAUUCUAUUACGGACUUACAAAUUAGAUUUGUAAAAUUUGGCCAUGACAUCACUUAUGCGCAGUUUAACAUCGCAGGUUUCAUCUAUAAAUGCACUGAUCUACUUGAAGCUUUAAAUAUAGGAUUCAUGUAUAUUAUGGCUUUAGAUGUUGCAUACCCACCACUGUGCAAACACGUAUGGGAAUUUAUCCAAUUAUCCAUUUUCAACAUUAAACUGCCAAACGAAAAGAUCAUUUUAAGUUACUUUACGAUGACAGUAUUAACUUGCCACCUUUGCAAAGCAAAUUGUGAUAUUCUUAAAGAUCUCAUAAAACACUAUAGGAAAAAACACAGAAGUUGCAAAUUUUUUGAAUGUCUGGUUUGUAGUCGCAAAUUCACCAAUAUAGAAUCAUUUAGAUCCCAUUUGAGAAAACAUUUAUGUGUUGAACUUAGAGAAAGAUCAGAUGAACAUCAGCCUGUAGUUAGUCAAGAACUAGAUAUUCAUCAUAUUUCAAACGAAUAUUUGCAAGAAUACUCAGAGCCUGUGGAUAAUGAAGAUUUUGAAUCUAGCACUUUAUUGUCUCUAAAAAUAGAACAGAUUCGAAUGGAAUUUCUGAAAGUAUUUAUUAAAAUAUACAGUCAUAAGACAAUUUCACGGAAUUCAGCAAUAACAAAUUCUAAGCAAAUAGUGCUGUUUUACAAAAAAUACCUUCAGAAAAUUCAUUUGCAGUUACAGCUUUCAAAAUGGGACGACAAUGAAAAGAAAACGGAAUUAAUUUUAUCUGUGUGUAAUUUAAUACAAGCAAGCCAACUAAAUUCAGAAUACAAAAUUAUAUCAGAACUAAAACGUAGUAAAUUAUUUUUCGAUAUUGAAUAUCAUAAUAUACAAGAUGAAAUUAAUGAAUGUAUGGACAUGGAUAAUUCAGUUGUUUUAAAAAAAAUUAAUUAUACUGUAGGGAUAUUUCCUUUAAAAAUAUUUUUUGGCGUUCUUUUCAAUUCUACCCCUUUUCUUCGCGACAUUAUUUUAUAUUACCAAAAUUUGUUGACACACCAAAAUAAUGGCACCAUAAAAAACUAUGUUCAAAGUAAUCACUGGAAAAAAAUAAUAUCUAAAUAUCCAACAUCGAAAGAAAUAUUUUAUUUACCUUUGUUUAUUUUCAGUGAUGACUUUGAACCGAAUAAUGCUCUAGCUUCGCACGCUGGCAUCCAAAAAAUUUGUGGUGUGUAUGUAAAAUUCGCGUGUAUGCCAGACCAUAUGGCUUCGAAAUUACAAAAUAUUUUUACAGGAAUGCUUCUCUUUAGUGAAGACAGGAAACAAUUUGGAAAUUCCCGUGUAUUCACACCAUUCAUAAAAUAUCUGAACAUCCUAGAGAGUGAGGGAAUAAUUUUAGAUUCAGAAAUAGAAGGAUAUAAGGUCGUAAAAAUUGUUUCUGUUUUGGUUCUAGGCGAUAAUUUGGGGUUGAAUACUGUUCUCGGAUUUUCAGAAAGUUUUCAAAGCAAUUUUUUUUGUAGAUUUUGCAAAAUGAAACGUUGCGAUACGCAGACAUCUUGUGAAGAAAAACCAAGUUUGUUGCGAAAUGACAUUAAUUAUGCUGAUGAUGUAGAGACAUCAGACGCUAGACAGACAGGUAUAAAAGAAACAUGCGUUUGGAAUAAAUUAGAACAUUUUAAUGUACUUAACAACUUUGCCAUUGAUGUCAUGCAUGAUUUGCUAGAGGGUGUUUGCCAUUACGAUUUGAUAUUCAUUUUAAAUUCAUUUAUUACAAAAUAUAAGUUUUUUACUUUAGAACAGUUAAAUUAUCGCAUUUUGGUAUUUAAUUAUGGUCCUAACUGUAAGAAUAAGCCACCCAUUUUAAAUAGUGAUGCUCUUCUGAAAUUUAAGUUUAAAAUGUCUGCAUCUGAAAUGAAAACAUUUUCUUCUAAUCUAUCUUUAAUAAUAGGCGACUUAGUCCCAGAUUGCGAAGAAUGGCACUUGUAUUUACUGCUAAGAGAAAUUUUAAACAUAUGUUGUAACUCUGACGUUUUACAAAUUAAGUCAAACGUAAUACUAACAAACUCGAUAACUGAGCACCACAGAUUAUAUUUGAAACUCUCAAAUUCAACAUUGAAACCUAAAUAUCAUAAUUUGACUCACUAUGGACGAAUUAUGGACGAAGUUGGUCCGCUAAAACACUUGUCAUCAAUUCGAUUCGAAGCGUUCCACCAGCCUUUCAAAAACUGUGCAACUUCCACCAAUUCUAGAGUUAAUUUAAUAAAAACAUUAUUCACAAAAUAUCAGCUUAACAUCGCCAAUACUAUAUUAAACUUUGAAGAGUUUUAUACUAACAAAGUUGAAGGAGAGAGAGUUGUAGAAUGCGACAUAGAAAGUAUUGUAAAGAAAUUUCAUUUACAAAAUCCUAUUUCAAUUAUAAACAAUCUAACUAUUAAUGGCAUUUACUAUAAAAACAAAAUGGUUGUACAUAUCGGAUAUAGUGAAGACCAGUUGCCGGAAUUCGGCCUUAUUUUGCAUAUUUGUAAAGAACCACAACCAAUUUUUUGUCUGCAAAGAAUAUUGAAUCAUGGAUUUGAUUCCCAUUUUUAUGGAUUUCGAGUAGAACUCGACGAUUUUUUUUUCACACAUCCAGUCGAUUUAUUGUACACAAAUGACACAUUUUAUAUAUGUUCAAAUUUUGAAAAUAAUUUAUUUAUAAAUUGCCUUUAAAACAUAUGCUUAUAAUAUGUAUAUGUUUUUUAAUUUUAUAUUAUAUAUUAUAAUAUGUAUGAAUUUAUUUUAUGUUAAAUAAAAUGUGAAUAUCAAAAAUUGA